AGCGCCGGCUGGGCCGGGCCUCCUCGUCCCAGGCCAGCCAGAGAGAAGGGCGCGGGCACAGCGCCACCUGUCCCCGGAGGACGAGGUCGGAGUCCUGUUCCCAGCGGGCCCCUGCUGUUCUAGCCUCCCAGGCCCGCACCGAGCGCCAUGGCCCAGCCACCGCCUGACGUCAGCGAGGACGACUGUCUCCCGGAGUACCGCCACCUCUUCUGUCCGGACUUGCUUCGGGACAAGGUAGCCUUCAUCACAGGCGGCGGCUCUGGAAUCGGGUUCCGGAUUGCUGAGAUUUUCAUGCGGCACGGCUGCCACACAGUCAUUGCCAGCAGAAGUCUUCCCAGAGUGUCGAUGGCUGCCAGAAAGCUGGCUGCUGCCACUGGCCAGAAGUGCCUCCCUUUAUCUCUGGACGUCCGAGCUCCCCUGGCCAUCAUGGCAGCCGUGGAGCAGGCUCUGAAGGAGUUCGGGAAGAUCGACAUUCUCAUUAACUGUGCAGCCGGGAACUUCCUGUGCCCUGCCAGUGCCUUGUCCUCCAACGCCUUCAAGACCGUGAUGGACAUUGACACCUUGGGCACCUUCAACGUGUCUCUCGUACUCUACGAGAAGUUCUUCCAUCGCCAUGGAGGGGUGAUCGUGAACAUCACUGCAACCCUGGGUACCCGCGGGCAGGUGCUCCAAGUGCAUGCAGGCUCUGCCAAGGCGGCUGUGGAUGCGAUGACACGGCACCUGGCUGUGGAGUGGGGCCCCCAGAACAUCCGCGUCAACAGCCUUGCCCCCGGCCCCAUCAGCGGCACAGAGGGCUUCCGGCGGCUGGCUUGUUUUAGAAGUCUGCCCAUGUGGUUGUGUGAGGAUGUGAUCCAUUUGCUGAAACUGCUCAGUAUUCCAUCACAACAGACUUCCUCUCAGCCAGCCAGCAAGCUCUUCACGGGACUACGGAAACCAGGGCUGCCUCAACACCCCUUUCCUUCCUCCUCUUGGACCUGAAGGUGGAGAAGCAGGAGUGCCAGGUUAAGGGGACACAGAGCUUCAGCUGUAUUAGUUCUGUGAAUCCCCACACUUGGUUGACAUCAGACUAAAUUUCUACUGGUUGAUGUCAAAUGCUAUCGUUACUCAUUCCCUUGAUUAUCAGUGUGGUUAAGCAUCUUUUUUUAUGUUUAUUGGCCAAUUGAGUUUCUUCCUCUGGAACUGCUUAUUUGUAUUCACUGCUGAUUUUUCUACUAGUUUGCUGUUCUUUUACUGUUUUAUGAGGAAUUCUUGUGUAUUCUGGAAAUAAAUCCAUUGUCAGUUACAUCUGUUUUAAAUAUCUCUUCCCGGUUGCUAUGGACUGAAUUGUGUCCCCCCAAAUUCAUGUGUUGAAGCCCUAGCCCCCAAAGCAAUGGUAUUUGGAGAUGGGGCCUUUUGGGAGAUAAUUACCAUUAGAUGAGUUCAUGUAGAUGACCUCCCAUGAUAGAAUUGCUGCCUUAUAAAAAGAGGAAGAGGGAGAGAUGGCUGUCUUCACCAUGCUAGGACACACCUAGAAGGAGACCCUCACCACAAGCUAGGAAGAGAGCUCUCAACAGGAAGGAAUUUGCUGGUGUGAAAAGUAAUGAAAGGAAACCUCACCAAAAUGGAACCGGGGUGCCAGACGGGGGAGCUUUCAUGCGCAUACCACUCAACAUCAGCACAGAUCCCAACAUGUCCCAGCAGGAAGGGAUACUACUUUACUACCCAGCAGGAGGAAGAAACAAUUUCUCUUUGACCAGCAACAGUCCAGCCAAUGAAAGACUGUCACAACUCAGCCAAUGAAAAGCCACUGCACCUAGAACUCCCAGUUUCCUCCAAUGGGCUCUUUGUUUAUGACAGCUCCUCUCAACUCCUCCUUCUCCCCUAUAAAAGCAUUUCCUUUCCUUUGCUGGACAUAGUUGCAUGUCUCCAAUUACAACUCUUUGUGGCUUCUGAGUAAACCCAUGUUGCUGGUAAAAUAACUGGCUUUUUAAUUGUUUUAGGUUAACACUGGCAUCUUGAUCUUGCAUUUCCCAGACUGCAGAAUUAUGAAAAAUAAAUGUGCUUUUUAACGAACCAGUAUAUGGCAUUUGGUCACAGCAGCAUGAGCAGACUAAGACACCAGUCUAUGAUGUGUCUUUCAUCAAACAGAAGGAUAAUUUUUUUAAAUUAAUCUUUACUAAGGCAUAAUUUACAUACAGUAAAAUUCAUUCUUUGUCGUGUACAGUUCUGUGAAUUUUGACAAACACAUUCAGUUAUAGAACCACCAUUACAAUCAAGAUAUGAAACAGUUCCUUCACUUCAACAAAUUUCCCUCUCCCCCAGCCCUCCCACCCUCUAUUUGAUUUGUGUCCCUUUACUUUUGGGAAGUUUAAAUUUUAAUGUAUUUAACUUUAAGUCAUUGUCUUUUUAAAAAUGGUUUGUAAUUUUUAUUCUUGUGUGAGAAACUUUCUUUCUCCAAGGUCAUAAAGCUAUUUUUCAAUGUC